GCAGCAGGUCGAUCACCUUGUGGAAAAGCUACACAAGUUCUUACCGAAAAUCUGCUUUUGUAUCUCAGUUAUUCCUAAUGGAGAUUUCAGUAUACACGGUGGACGCCUUCACCAACUUACCAUUCAAAGGAAACCCUGCGGCAGUUUGUCCACUUUUGCAUGAGCUGACUGAUGAGCUGUACCAGCGGAUAGCAACAGAGAUGAACCUGUCAGAGACGGCUUUCAUCACCACCAUCAACCCCUCGGACAAUUUCACCACAGGAUCGAGGUUCCGCCUCCGAUGGUUCACACCGACCAAUGAGGUGAAACUGUGUGGGCACGCCACUCUGGCCUCUGCAGCAGUGCUGUUUCAGAUGAAAAAGAAUGUGAAUCCCAUGCUGGUGUUUGAGACUCUGAGUGGAGAUCUGUCUGUCAUCCAGCAAGGGGAGAGCAUUGUCAUGGACUUUCCUCUCAACCCACCCACCCGUGAGGAUCCCAGAGAGUUCAGAGACAUCAUCAAGGCAGCUGUAGGUGACCACCCAGUCCAGGAUGUCUAUCUGAGCUCCAAAACCAAAAAACUGAUGGUCCGACUGGCUGACAGCUGCGACAGGUCCGUUCUAACAAGCCUGAAGGUGGACCCGAACACUCUUAUGGCCAGUGAGAAAAGCAGCAGAGUGCAAGGAGUCAUCCUCACCAUGAAAGGCUCCCCAGGCUGCCAGCCCGGGUAUGACUUCUACUCCAGAUAUUUUGCACCAUGGAACGGCAUCCCAGAGGAUCCUGUCACAGGUUCGGCCCACACUGUCCUAGCUUGUUACUGGUCUGAUAAACUGGGCAAGAGGAAGAUGCUGGCCUAUCAGUGCUCCAGACGAGGCGGGGAGUUGGAACUGGAAGUGAGGGAUGAUGGGAGAGUCAACAUAGCCGGACAGAGUGUCACCGUCCUGCAGGGGACGCUCAAACUCUAGACUGACACUUGGUGCUCGUUAACGGGCUGGGGGGGCGAGGGAGCGGUCCCCACACUACAGGGGGACGGUGUGUGUCCUCACACACAGAGAGACAGACGCGUGCCACUGUGAGACAGAUGAGACGACUUAAAGUGAAAGACGUACCACCGUCUACACUGCUAUAGACAAGGUUACUGUUAACAAAAACUGGGUGUGAUAACACAUUUUCCUUAACUAAAAUAAAAAUGAAAAUGAGGCUUAAAAAAAAAAAGAUAAU